UCUCUCUCUUCAAAAUAAACAAAACAAUACGAACCACCCGAUUCAACAAAUGCUCUCUCUCCUUUUCUCAUCUCCUACAACGACUCUUCUCUGUUCCCUCUCCGGAAAACUCUCUAUCAAACCCACCUUAACCAGAACUCUUCCGUUCUUCAUCGCCUCAACCACCACCAUGUCCAUAAACCUCCAAUCCCAUGCCUUUGCCGGCAACCCUCUAAGGUCCAAAACUCUCAAACCCACUGAUCCUUUAUCACCUACCUCAGCCCUUGAAACUCUCAAGACUCAACUUUUGGACGAUACCCACCAAUUAUCUUCUAUUAAUUUCAGGGUUUUACCCUUUAGAAAGGGCAAGCCCCUUGCCUCUUCCAUUAGUGGUGUUGAUUGUGUGCCAAAUUGGCGCCUUGGUUGGAUCAGUUUGGUUGAUUGUAAAAGUUUGUUGGCUGGUUAUGGGGUUGAAUUGACCGGGGAGAGUUUGGUUUAUCUGGGUUCAAGGUCUGAGGAGGAUGUGGUUUGUUGGGCAAUUGAUGUUUCUACUGAGGAUGAUUUGAUCAAUGGAUUUGGUAGCAAGCAAUUAUGCUUUGUUGAAUUGAGGACGCUUAUGGUGGCUACGGAUUGGGCUGAUGAGCUGGCAAUGGGAGAUUUGGCUAUUGCUGGUCAUGCCAGGGCAUUGCUAGAAUGGCAUAACUUAGCACGUUUUUGUGGACACUGUGGAGCAAAAGCGGUCCCUAUGGAAGCUGGGAGACGGAAGCAUUGCUCUAAUGAGCUGUGCAGAAAGAGGAUUUACCCUCGUCUUGAUCCGGUGGUGAUCAUGUUGGUUAUUGAUAGAGAAAAUGACCGUGUCCUUCUAAGUAGACAAUCAAGAUUUGUACCCCGAAUGUGGAGUUGCUUAGCUGGUUUCAUAGAGCCAGGAGAAAGCUUAGAAGAAGCAGUUCGGAGAGAAACAUGGGAAGAGACUGGUAUUGAAGUGGGAGAAGUUGUUUAUCAUAGUUCCCAACCUUGGCCAGUUGGUGCAAACAGCAUGCCAUGCCAGCUGAUGGUGGGUUUCUUUGCCUAUGCAAAAUCACUUGAAAUAAAUGUUGAUACAGAAGAGUUGGAAGAUGCUACAUGGCACAGUAGAGAAGACGUCCGAAAGGCAUUGAUGGUUGCAGAAUAUGAGAGGGCACAAAGAACAGCAGCUGCAAAGGUUGAUCAGAUGUGCAGGGGCGUGGAGAAAGGACAGAAUUUUUCAGCAGACUUUAACGUGGAAAGUGGGGAGCUUGCUCCAAUGUUUUUCCCUGGCCCCUUUGCAAUUGCUCACCACCUAAUCUCUUCUUGGGUUAAUCAAUCUUCAACAAUUGGAGUUGAAAUUCAACCAAAACAACAAAGUGGUUCUCUGUCUAACUUGUAGCAAUCAUGCUUUGCUCUCGAAUGAAUCGUUUCACUCACUUUUUGCCCCACAUCGAGUAUAUUCAACCUUGAACAUUGCUAUCUCUCUUUUUUCCCCUAAGUUCAUUCACUCCCAGGUUGUGAGCAUGUCUUUUAACUAUCUGAAAUUCCAAACAAGAGUGGCAGCUCCUUUCUUUGGCUUCUGGGAAUGUCUGUUGUAUAACCAAUUAAAAUUAUUUAUAAACCAUCCAAAGAUUGUUUGAUUGGAUUCAUAUCCAUGUGAAUUCUUUUACUAUUUUGGAUCUCUUGGUCUGUAAAUUUUUGUUUUCUAGUGAAGAAGAUGAAUAGACAUUGCCUGCAUUUUGUUUGUUUCAAAGGAGUAAAACAGAUAUACAUAGAACACAUUGUUUGGUUCUCAAAUGAAUUAUGUAAAAUUUUCUUGUUUGAUUUGAA